AAAUUAAAAAAAGAAAAAACAAACAACUAAAAAUAAAUUCUAAUAUAAAAAUGCCUCCAAUGUGGUGGAAAAUGAUCGCAAUUAUGAUGCUGCUCUUCGCUCUCUUCGCAACGAUAGUUUGUAUCAAUAGCGAAAUAUCGAAGCGCCGCAGCGAGGCAGCUGCUGCAGUAGCUGUAGAAUCGAACAGCAGCUCUAUGGAUAUGACGUCAUUUGUCUCACAUCAUCUACUGAACAUGGCCUCCAAGGAUCAGCCGGAGGAGCCGCAGCGGGAGAACAAAGAGGUGGAGCUGCCCGCCGAGGAUAUUGACGAGCGCGUUCGUUCCAUAUUCAAAGUGCACGAUGGCCAUGGUGUGAUACUUUUCAAUUCGACGGCCAUGAACGAUGAUGCAUCUCUCAUGCCCAUAUCCACAGCCGAGUCCUGGCCAUCCACCACAACCAGCACUCACACCCCAACUCAGAUUCAAACUCAAAAUCAAAGUGAAACUCAGUCUCAGUCCACGUCUCAGGCCAAGCCCAAGCACUAUCAUCAAUAUCAAAGCCUGAAUCAUCAGCAACAGUCCUUCAAAGUGCAGCGCUCACCGGAUGGCAAGCUGAAUCUCGUCUUUAAUGAACCGAUCGUCUCUUUACAGACCACCGUACAGCAGCAGCCAACGCAGCAGGAGCAACCAGCGCAGCAGCCACAGCAGCCGCGUCGUCCUAUCUCGGAUGUUAUCGUGUUUCCCGACUCCAUAGAUAAGUAUCGACCCACGCGACCGACGCCCGUGGAAACGGGCGAUCUGUGCAUGGACGGCUUCAAUCAGAGUCGCUCCUUCUGCACCAAGGUCAACAAUUAUCCGGAUCUAUCCGGCCUGAAGGGCAUUCUCUCGCGUCGCUUUGCCAAUUUCUUCAGCGACGAGCCGCAGCCCACGGAUUUCGGUUUGCGGAUGAACGACGAUGAGAUGUACUUGUGCAACAGCCAUCAGAGGUACCUCUACCCAAAGUACGGCCAGAAAUUGGAUCUGACGUGGCAGUACAUAGUCAAUACAGAUGAGUUCAAGCAGGGCAUACUUAUCGAGGAGUGCGAUCACGAGGGCGAGGGCUGCCAGUUUCUGGAUAGUUUUCCUAACAACUAUGUGCCCGUGUGCAAGCAGCACUACGUGAUACGGCACUUGGCCACGAUCAACAAUGCCAGCAACGGGCAGCCGGAGGUGGCCAACGAGCCCUUCAAGAUACCCUCCUGUUGCAAGUGUGUGAUCAAGAACAAAUACUCCGUGGAGAGCAAACCCUAAACAAGACUAAUUCCAACACAAAGAGCCGGAUAUUACAUAUACAUAUAUGUGAUAUAAUAACAAGCAAACCAUGCCAAUUUCUGCACAUGUGAUUUUGAUCGACACGUUUCACCCACCACAGAAUGGCAGGCCAAACUGUCUAGGGGUUUUCUUUUAUUGUUUAUUUUUAUUUUGAUUAUCUUUUGUAUACUUCGUAGACUAGCUGUUUUAUAUGCACAUAAAACGCAUUUUAAUAUUUAAGUAUGAAUAAUCAAGAUGUUUGAUAUUAUUACUAAUGCUAAUGCUAAUGCUAAAUGCAAAACACUCAUCGAAUAGCCAUAAAUGUAAAAAUUAAUUGUUUAGCAUUUACAACAAAUUCUGCAAAUACUGACGCUGCGUUUAUGCUCAUAAAAAAAAAAAAUUUGAAAA